ACGACUCGGUUCUUUAGAAUAAUUGAAAAGAAUCUGCUCAAAAGAAUCACGUUUUGUCGAAAUGGAUAAACAACCGCUCUGAGUCGAGGAUGUUCUGGGAAGUGGGCGGAAUAUGUGGUGUGAAUAGGCAGGUGUUGCAAAACUUCCAAACAGUAUGUACUUCGACUGCUACAGUUCGUGCGAUCAUGAUAUUGUACACUGAUAUUAAAGUAUUCGAAAUUAAAUAAUUCACGCGACUAAAUCUGCUGAUCAGCCUACAGAUUUGUGUGCUGACUGGGGAUAUGGAAUGGCUGCAGCUUUUUUGUAUUAGGCACAAGAAUGAUGCCUUCUUCGCAGCGCUUGCAAUAUAGAUAUAUUUCUCCAUUUGGCCACCACAGUUUACAAUCCCUCAAUUUUCCAGAAGAGAACGACGAGGCUAUGGAGAAAAUCAUUACUGAGGACUCCAUCUGUGUCUCAAACUCCACCGAUUCCCAACUCUCUCAUGCCGACUGUUGCAUGUCUGGAAAUGAGUCCUCUUUGAGUGCACAGACUGACUUCACAGAUAGCUGCAGAGACAGAAAGACCAACUACAGAUCCACACAGACCAGCUACAGCCCUUACCAGCCCCCGCUAGGUCUACCCUCUGGCUACAGUCCCCAGACACCUUUUCCUAGUCAGACGGAAGCAUGUCUGAGCACCCUAGAGCCGCACAACGGGGACCUGCUCCACUCGAGUUCCGUGGGCAGUGGUUCUGUGGAAUACCCUAGUGGCAACCUCCCCUCUUGCUUAGUGUCUGGAAAUUACUGCAGUUAUUCUGGUAAUUCCAGCUACUCUUGCUCUCCAGACAGGCACAGUCUGGGAGAGGGAAGUCUAGAACAGCCGCGUUCACUACACUCUAUCCCAAAUGCGUUCGCUCCUCACAGCUACUGCAUGCCCCCACACCCCUGCGUGUCCCGCGGGCCGCCCUGCUGUAGUCAAUACCCUGUAGAUGUGUAUCAAAUGGAUCAGGGCUCUUAUUACAGGCCACAUUACCACAUGCCCUGUUGGCCUUCAAGCCCUGAAAACAGCAGACAAUCAGCCUCGGAGUUCACUUAUAGUGGCCACACCUCUCCUCACCCUCGAGCUAAACUAACCCCAAGCACAGCCCCUCUAUCCCUGGAGCAGAGGAAGGUGUUUGUUACUUACGAAGCAGACAGUGAAAAACAUGUCAAAGAGAUCAUUAACUUUGUUGCCCUACUGAGACACAACGGCUUCUACACUCAUAUUGACAUGUUUGAACAACAGUUCAAGAGCAUAAGCAAGAUUGACUUCAUGGAGAGAUACAUCAGCGAAAAAGACUAUCUGAUCAUCAUAGUCAUUAGUCCAAAGUACCAUGAGAUUGUGACCAAUGCCUCGUUUUGCAUGGAAAAUGAUGAAACACUCAACACUGUCUACAUACACAAGCAGUUACAAAACGAGUUCAUUCAGAACGGUGCCAGGAAUUACAGAUUCAUCCCCAUCUUGUUUCCUGGUGCCAAGAAGUGCCACGUCCCUUCAUGGCUUCAAAGCACACAAAUCUUCACCUGGCCCAGAGACCGUGAUGACAUUCUUCGUCGACUCAUGCGUGUUGAGAAGUACAACCCUCCACCCAUCGGAGAGCUGCCCACUAUUGUCUCCAUCCCAAUUUAGGUGGUUAAGUUUGCUUCUGUAUGUACAUGCUUCUGUAUGUUACAUGAGUUUGAGUGCCAUGAUUUUUGAAGUUAGCUCAGCUACCAACUUGAACUUGUUGCGAAAUCUGCAUGGGGAAAUGUUUUGCUCCAUGUCAGGUUCCGGAUCUUGUGGAUUUCUAUUGAAAUGACUGGAUUUUUCCACAAACAUUCGACGAACAAUAAUAAAUGUGACAGCAUUUUUGGACUUAAUGAAACUUUCUGUAACAUACCCAAUUGCUAUAUAAAAAAGAUUUUAAGAUAGAAUUACUAAAGUAGACCAGAAAUCUUCAGAUGCAAACAUUUUCGCAUGCUUCUUGCUGUUGUGAGAACCUGAAAGAAGCCGGUACUACAGUAUCAUCACACACUGUAUAGUUUAUUAUAACAAACGACUUGUGUGUUGUGCCUUAGAACUUCCAUUCGAGUCAUUAGUAAUGUGCCAGAUUUUUUAUUUUUUUUUAUUGUCAACAUCACAUGGAGAUUUCAUGGCCAUUCAUGUUCUUAGAUGAUUGUGGCUUCUUCCUUUUAUUAAAUGAAAGAAUUCA